AGUUAUUUGAACGGGGGCAAGGACGAGGCGGCAGAGCGCCGGGAACCUUGGUAACGCGCGGGUGCCGCAUGUUAACUGCGUGUGCGGCCGGUAAGAAGAAGAAGGAGGAGGAGGAGGAGAAGGCGGCGGGCUGAGUUUCCCGGGGCCUCCUUUGCUUCUGGUCGCCAGCGGCGGGAUGAAGAUCGAGGAAGUGAAGAGCACGUCGAAGACGCAGCGCAUCGCCGCGCACAGCCAUGUCAAGGGCCUGGGGCUGGACGACAGCGGGGCAGCCAAGCCGGCGGCGGCCGGGCUGGUCGGGCAGGAGAACGCGCGGGAGGUGAGGGCGGCGCUGGCGGGGCUCCGGGCUCCAUGACCCCGUCCGGCCGCGUCACGGCCUGUCCUCUCCUCGGGCUCUUCGACUCGGAGGCGCCGGGCAGGAGCCCCCUGGGCCCGUCGUCUCCCUAAGGAGGCGCUGGUGCAGCUGCGGAACCUCUGAGGGGGGAAGACGGCAGCCGAAAGAGAGCCAUAAGGAGUGGAGAUGCACCUUCGCUUCUUGUUCCGUUUCAAGCCAUGAAAUAAGUUGUGGUUUGAGACGAGCGUGGUCAAGCAGAUUGAAAGUUAGGAGUGGCCCCCACCCCCCAAAAAAUCGCUUUAGGAGAGUUCAUCUAAGCCACGGAGAGACCCCUGAAUGUUCAUGGGCUACUGCGCACAUCAUGCUGUGGCUGGUGCUGAUAAUGAUAAUAAUUAUUAUUAUUUAUACCCCACCCAUCUGGCUGGGUUUCCCCAGCCACUCUGGGCGGCUUCCAACAGAACACUAAAAUACAAUAACUAUUAAACAUUAGAAGCUUCCCUAAAUAGGGAUGCCUUCAGAUGUCUUCUAAAAGUUUGGUAGUUAUUUUUCUCUACGACAUCUGGUGGAAGGGCGUUCCACAGGGCGGGUGCCACUACCGAGAAGGCCCUCUGCCUGAUCCAAAUUGGAGGCCAAAAACAUAUGCAGGGUCACAAGUUUCACCCUCCCCAUCCACCCUGCAAAAAAUCAGAUUAGGUUCAACCAAAUGCUAGGCAUCCUAUAUCCCUGCCUUGUGUAACUUUGUCAUAAACUAUGAAGUACCGUAUUUUUCGCCCUAUAGGACGCACUUUUUCCCCUCCAAAAAUGAAGGGGAAAUGUGUGUGCGUCCUAUGGGGCGAAUGCAGGCUUUCGCUGAAGCCUGGAGAGCGAGAGGGGUCGGUGCGCACCGACCCCUCUCGCUCUCCAGGCUUCAGGAAGCGCUCUGCAAGCAGCGGGAGCGCUCCCGCUGCUUGCGGAGAGUUGCCUGCAUGCCGAAGCCUGCGCGCGCUGAGAUCAGCGCGUCCAGGCUUCGCGGACCUCUCCGCAAGCAGCGGGAGCGCUUCAUACAGAGCUUGGAAUCUCUGCUGUAUGCUUAACCUAAAUCUGCUUCAGUUCAAGGAUAUUAAUUUUGGGUCUUAAGUGAGAUCAAACUGAGCAGUUGCUUGUCAGAUAGACAUAGCAUCAGAAAUGCAUGGUGUAUCAUUGGAGAUGUAGCUUAUUUGUGUUUGUUUAUUCUUACACGUCUAUUCCACCCUUCAAGGAACUCAAGGUGGUGUACAUGCUUCUCCAUGUUGUCAUUAUUAGGGACAAAUCUGACUGGCUGGGCUUUAUGGAGCAUCAAAGCCAUAGCUGCAUCUGCAGCCUUGCUGCACACCUUUCAUCAGCUUCCUAAAAUUUGGUGCUUAGCUUAGCUUAGAACUGUAGAACAAGGCCUUUUCAGAGUUCAUAUUUCUUUGGUUUGUAUUGACAUAUAUAUAUAAAGAUAUAAUCUGAAACAGUGAACCCCACUGAACACAGUGGCCCUUCUGAGUGGACAUGCCUACAUUUUAAAAUUAGUGUUAGUACAUUGAACGUUCCACCAGUCUGCAAACUAGCCAUUUCAACAUCAGGUGAGCUGUUAAUAAGAAACUUUCUAAAAAGAAGAGCACUCGGAAGUUCUCAUUUUUCUUCUGCCAAUACAAGCUUGGUGGGAGAUCUUGGCCAAAUCCCUCACUUUCAUCAUUUUAAACUGGUGAUUGUGCAAGAUAUUGAGUAGAUUUACUCAAACAAGCCAGAAAAUUAUAUAAAGCUGUUGUAUUUGUGAAAUGAUAGGUGUCCUAUGCUAUUGCAAAUGCCUUCUGUUCCUAAUCUCAACAAGGACUUUAAAAAGCAAAAGACAAACAAACCCCAAACCCUCCAGUAUCUAUAACACUAGUAUUUUAAUGUUUUAGGCUUGUGGUGUUAUUGUAGAAUUGAUCAGAAGCAAGAAGAUGGCUGGCAGAGCUGUGCUAUUGGCAGGACCUCCUGGAACUGGAAAGGUAUGUCUUAUGUCACAUGCUUGUGUCAAAUGCUGGCUCCCCUGGCCUGAAGCAAGAUGAGCGCCGCACCCCAUAGUUGCCUUUGACUAGACUUAACCGUCCAGGGGUCCUUUCCCUUACCUUUUACUUCCCAGUAGCUUGUACAUUUGUGCUUAUACAUACUUUAUUUUACAGAAUUUAUGUGCUGAUUGUUUGUAAAAAUAAUAAUCUUCAAUUGGUUUACAGAAAUAAAAUAAUAAACAAUAUUAUUUAUAAUUAUUAUUAACAAUAAAUAAUAAAAUAUUAACAAUAUCACAAAAAUUAAGAUAGUCAAAAGAUCAUUAAAAUAAACAGCAAGAAAUAAAGCACAUGUAACUUUUAUAUGCCUUUAAGGGCUUGCCUAACAAAUGUUUUCAGCAGGUGUCAACAAGAGUAUAGCAAAGAGUACGGUACACACAUAGGCAUCAGACCUUCUAAACUCAUUUGGUCAGUGGAAUGGGAGGAGAACUGAACUACUGCAGAACAUUUGAUCCUUGUAUUGUAGGAGUAUUAUAGUUAUUAAAUUUGUAUGUCACCCUUCAACCGAAGGACACAGGGCAAUUCAUACCAUAAAAAUGAAAACACAGAAUACAUUAAAAAACAAAAGCAAAACAAACCGAUAAAUCCUCCCCCCACACACAUUUAAAAGGCCAUAGAAUGUUAAUCCGCCAAAUGCCUGGUUCAAGAGAAACAUUUUUCCUGGUGUUUAAAGAUGGCACCUAAUGGAGAUAUUUAAAUAAACUAGUAUGCUUGUCCUAGGUGAAAGAUUAUGUGAAUAUGCAACCUUUUAACAGUAGUUAGUUAUUUGAUACUUACUGAUACUUAUUUAGGCAGCUAUUCUGUACACAUUUCUAAGAAGCCUUUAGGAGCCAUGCUAGAACUAACAAAUUACUAAAAAGGUUUAAACCAGUAGUUCUUAAACUUGUUCCACCCCCAUGGAACAUUUGAAAAUUGCUGCAGAUCUCAGCAGAUUAAUCCCCCCCCCCUUUCCAUCAUCAUUAAAACCAGCACCAUAUUAUAGAAAUCUAGCCCCAGACUAGAGAAGGAUUUAUUUAACUGAUAAAUCUCUCUGGAAAAAAUAGUAGACUAUUCUAGCACUACAUUGUGAAAUCAUGAUCUUUAGGCAAGAGCCUCCUUAGCCUAUUUUGAUAAAUAUGGUCCUGUUAAAAUGGCCUCCCUGCAUCCUCCAAUACUCCACUAUUCUGGAACAUUCCCUCAUGGAGUUGCUUUGCACGGGGCAGAAAAUGAGGAAAUGUUAAAAAUGGUCUCCCCUCUGCCUCCUCCAGUGGGAAGAUCCUUUAAGCAAUAUUCCACUUAUAAGAACAUUAGGUUGUAUCCAAAGUUAAUCCUACUCAGUGUAGGCCUACUGAAAUUUAAGUUUAAAACCUGAUAGGCUGUCUAAUUUCUUUAAAUUCUCUGAAAUUUUGAGAUUUCAGUAUAAUAUAUAAUUGCUCAGUCUUUUGACUUUUUAUUUUCAUAGACUGCUUUGGCUUUGGCUAUUGCUCAGGAGUUGGGUAGUAAGGUUCCCUUUUGCCCUAUGGUUGGAAGUGAAGUUUACUCUACUGAAAUAAAGAAGACAGAGGUCUUGAUGGAAAAUUUCAGAAGAGCAAUUGGUACGUACCUUGAAACAAGAAACUAAGUUAUCAGUGCAAGGUUAUAUUUUUUUUGUUCAGUUGAACAUAUAACAUAUAUGUUAUCAUUUGUUUUGAUUAAUAAAUCAUAUCUUGCUUCAGUUUUUAAUAUUACUGCAGAAUUACUGAAUCUCUUGCUAGCAUAUUUGCAUAAGCUCUAUAAAUGCUUUCUUCAUUAUGGCAUUUUAGUUGACUCUUGAUUCAGUUACAAACAGUGCAAGAGUGAUACUCUGCCUUUCUGCAUUCUCAUUGCAUAAUGCUGGACAAAAGAGAGGAAGGUAUUUGUAGCUAACAAGAUGAGUAGCUUUUCAAUUAGGUUAAUUUUCUCUUUAGUACUUGUGGAUUUAUCAAUUGAAUUGUUUCAGUUUGUCAAGAGGAAGAGUUGGAUUUGCAAGCAAAACAUUAAGCAUCUAAAAUCUUCCUAUUUUACUUACUGUUGACAGCUGAUAGAACUAUCCCUUUACAGACCUUUGGAUUGCUUAAAGAUACCCUAAUUGUUUUUAUUACUGCGUCCAACAUCCAUUAAUUCCCCAGGGCUCUGUAUCAUGAUUUACCACAGACUUCAUCUUAGUAUUGAAUGGCAUUAAGGUGAAGAAACAUUUCCAUCAGUUCUUGCAACUGAAAAAAGUGGCCCAUUGAUUUCUGUAAGAAAGAGACUCUCAAUCAUCUGUGCUCUUUAAGUUACUGUUAAAUUGGCAGGGUCGAGGGGGAGAGAGCCGAGAGAUGGAGAGAGCGCAGUCUGCAAUAUUUCCUUGAUGUGAUGAAGUUCCCUGUCAGAUUUGGAAACUUGAACCAGCAGUUGAAACCUGUGUCAUCCAUGUUGUCAUUCUUAGAGAUAGCAAUAAUUUAACAGCCAGCCACAUUGUUGGUGCUCCACAUUCCCUGGAUGUCAGCAUGAAGAUGCUUCUAAAUAAGUAUUUGGUGUUAGUGAAAGAUAGAAAUUCUUCUCCUCCCAUCUGUUGAAUUUUAUCUAACCCAAGUUAUUAAAACAUUCCUCUGAGAAAUGGUUUUCUCUCCAUUAAUACCUAUAACAAUCCAGACAUAUUUCAGAACUGGUAACUGCCUACUCUGCUUAAUGGAAACAUGUUCUAAUUCUUGUCCAAUCAUCCAGAUUUUCUUUCUCAAAUUAAGAAUUCUCAAAAGGAUAUUUCUAGGGUUGCAAUAGCAGAGCUUUGUAGUGUGUGUUAAUUUGACAUUCCAGUAGACUCUGAAAUGAGUGCCAAAGGGUUAUGAGUAUAGCCUUAUUUGGUCAUUCGUUACUCCUCUGUUAAGCAACACCAAGGCAAGGGAGUGGGGUUGUGACAAAUAGCCCAGUCCUCAAAGCUGUGCACUCCUCCACCAACAUUCAUGCAUAUAGAAUGAACGUCUGGAAGGGGGUCUUGACAGUUGUAGAUGGGGAAAGCUUUCCCAGAAUCUGAAAGCCUGAGGGAGGUCUUCACAUGUGCACCAUAGUCAUGUGAGUUUACAGAAAAUGUUGCUAUAUGAAUUUGGGUAAUUUGUAAAAUUUUAUUUGCAUCAGAAAAUUUAUUCUCUGUAGAUUGAUCUAAUUUAGCAAGCUUAUCCUAUGUAUUUUAGUAAACAAAGCUAAGGACUUUGAAACUACAAACUUGCUUAAUUUUAUUUGCAGUUGGCAUUCAUUCAUUGUUACUAGUGAGUUUACAAAACAGACAAUUUUCCACUAGUAAAUAAUAAUGUUUAAUGUUUACGCCUUUUCAGAGUCAGAUUCUAGGUGGCAAUUAUAAGAACUACUUAGCAGUUCUUUUCAACCAAACUGUCAGUCUUUUUAAUGUCCUAUUUGAUAAAUAUGUAUUACUGGUUAUAACUCUAGAAUCUGUAAUGGGUUUUUUCUCUUUCAUGACAUAGUUUUCGUUUAAGUGGUAGAGUAACAAAUGGCCCUUCUUCAUCUUUUGUUUCAGUGCUACUAAAUUUAUUGGGUUUUACAUAAAUAUUUCCUGAUGGUAUUGGAGAUGGCAAAGAUGACUUCAGGUGGCAAAUAUCAAGAGCAGUCCAUUAUAAAUGGCAAUUAUUUUUAUAGCUUAUAUAAUCAAUAUUUUACAGGCUUGAGGAUUAAAGAAACCAAGGAAGUUUAUGAAGGUGAAGUCACAGAAUUAACUCCAUGUGAGACUGAGAACCCCAUGGGAGGAUAUGGCAAAACCAUUAGUCAUGUGAUUAUCGGACUCAAAACCGCAAAAGGAACUAAACAGCUCAAGGUAGGUGGGGUCUUAUCUCUCACACAUUUCUCAGCGUCUUAGCACUUCCUCAUGUCAGUAAAAGGGGCAGGAGAACAGUUGACUAAAGGUACUUUUUAAGCAAUAGAAUUUAUUUAUUUUGCUAUUUCUGUUUCACCGCAUGAUAGGUCCUCUAGGUCAUUUGCCACUUCACCACAUAAAUUGAUAGAUAUUGCCCACUCCUGCUUCCAAGAAUGAUUUGGAGAUAGGUGAUGCAGUUCUGCUGAAGCUAAGCGUUAUUUGCCUUGUAAGCUGUCUGGGUCCAGAACCAUUUGUAAAGCACUUAGGGUGCAAUACUAUACACCAGGAGUGACAAGCCUGUGGCCCUCCAGAUGUUGUUGAACUACAACUCCUGUCUUUCCUAAUCACUGGCCAGACUGACUGGGGCUGUUGAGAGUUUGGAAUCCAGUAACAUCUGGCAGAAUGCAGGAUCUUCAACACUUCUGUGAUACUUCCCUGGAAGUAAGUCCUACAAAGCUCAAUGGGUCUUACUUCUGAAUAGGAUUGCACUGUUAGAACUAAUUCAGUUGAUUGAUAUGUUACCAGUACAGAUAGGAAUGUAUGCUGAGUUUCAGUGAAACUGGAAUUACUGUAAAACGUAACUAUUUUAAUAAAUGCGACAGUAAAGGUAAAGGGACCCCUGACCAUUAGGUCCAGUCGUGACCGACUCUGGGGUUGCGGCGCUUAUCUCGCUUUAUUGGCUGAGGGAGCCGGCGUACAGCUUCCGGUUCACGUAGCCAGCAUGACUAAGCCGCUUCUGGCGAACCAGAGCAGUGCAUGGAAACGCCGUUUACCUUCCCACCAGUGUGGUACCUAUUUAUCUACUUGCACUUUGACAUGCUUUCAAACUGCUAGGUUGGCAGGAGCAGGGACCGAGGAACGGGAGCUCACCCUGUCAUGGGGAUUCGAACCACCGACCUUCUGAUCGGCAAGUCCUAGGCUCUGUGGUUUAACCCACAGCACCACCCGCGUCCCUAAUGCGACAGUACCAAAUUGCAAAUUGUUAUCAUUGAAAAGCAAAAACUGGAAAUCUGUCUCACACAUUGCGUUGAGUCCAGAAUUAAGUAUGUUUACCAGGGCUGGUUCAAGCUGGCUUUCAUACCUGUCCUCCUCACAGCAGCCCCCUGUACUGUCAGGAACUCAGCUGAAUGGGGUGGGCUGCAGACUAAGACAAGUUCUGCUAGCCGGAACUCUGCUCAUGAAAGCUGCCCAGAAAAAUAAAUAUGAAGAAAUAAAAGCUAACACACUUCUACUGGAACCUCUUUCUUUGUAGUUGUGUCUUAAUAUAGUUGGUCUCUAUUUAUUGUCUCUGUAGUUGGACCCCAGCAUCUUUGAAAGUCUGCAGAAGGAAAGAGUAGAAGCUGGUGAUGUGAUUUACAUUGAAGCAAACAGUGGCGCUGUCAAGGUAAAGCAAAGACAACAGUUGAACCUCUGACAUAGUAUUGGUUCAGGAUUUUCCAACUUUUUGUCAAAAGUCAAUCCCUUCUAGGAUAGCUGUGAUUUUCCUCAGGAAAGGAGAGAGGUGUUUUUUGUUUUGAAGGGGAUCAUUCAUGAAAUAAAUGCCACCUCUAAAGGGGAAUCAUUUGAUUCACAAGUAAGGUCAACUGGUUUGAGAGCUCUGGUUACAGUUGCCCAGAGUGGCUGGCACAACCCAGUCAAAUGGGUGGGGUAUAAGUAAUAAAUUAUUACUAUGAUUAUGAUUAUUAAAUGUUUUCUUAUUCAUUUUAAUAUUUAACUUCAUGCUUGUGUGUGUUCGUGUUCAUAUAUGAUAUAUAAGUGAAGAGAGAAGACCUGAAAUAAGUAGUCGUACUAAAAAGAAAUGCAUAGAGCCUUUAAUCUUUUAUCUUCCUGGUGUUCUUGCCAUAAGAUAUAUGCAUCUAGAAGGGAAUACUGCAUUAGUUAGCAUGUUCUUCGUAUCUGAUUUAAAAUGUAGUUUAGGAGAUACUUGGUGUUUAAUGGAUGAGCAUAAUAUUUUGUAUCAUACAAUAAAUCAUCUAUGUCCCAAGAAGUCUAGGACAGUUUUCUCCAAUCUCCAGCUAAUCUGCUGGAUUUGUCCUUUAGCAAGAGUUUCGCUCUUUCAGAAGAAUGGAGAAAAUACCAGGUGCUUUCAGUACGAUUUCAUAGGUUGAUCAGUCGUUCGUUUUCCAAGGACAAGCAUGGCAUUUUCAAAACUGUCAGACGAAGCCUGUUGGUGUUGUCACUGUAAAACAAGACCUUUGUUUAUCAGCUGUAUGUCAUUCUCAAUAUUGGCAAUAACAUUAAUUAUAAAUAUAGUGUAUGUGAUUUCCAAAUUCCUCUUCGCAGAGGCAAGGCAGGUGUGACACCUAUGCGACAGAGUUUGACCUUGAGGCUGAAGAGUAUGUUCCUUUGCCGAAAGGUGAUGUGCACAAGAAGAAAGAGAUUAUCCAGGAUGUAACUCUUCAUGACUUGGAUGUGGCCAAUGCUAGACCUCAGGUAUUCAACUAUACUGACAGAAGCAUCCAGACUUUCAGAUUUGUGAAGAGAAGGAAGUCAUGCUUUUGCAGGAUAGGCAGCAAUCCUGCAAAGGCUCCCACUAAGGAAAGAAGGGAAGAAACAGUGGAUUCCCCUCUGCAACCCUCCGUACCAUCCCCCACGCUGUUACAGAGGCUCUCCCACAAUCCUCCGGAGCAGAUUUUCAGGGGGCGUAUAGGAUUGCAGGGGAAAGGAAUUCUAUCAGCAAGAAUUGAGUGGAAUUUUCCUCGGAAGAAAUCUGGACCAAUCCACUAAAAAUCUAACAGUAGAUCUUUGCCUCCCUUUUGAGUGUGCCGGCACCUGGGGUCAAGGAGUACUGUCACAGUUCUAUCCAUUAUUUUUCCUUGUUGCUGCAGUAUGGAGUAAGCCAGGCUUUCCUGAAACACACAAACUCAUUUAAAACAGGGAUCAGGAUCUACCAGUAGAACUGUGGAUUAUUUGCAGCCGUCUCCAAAAGUUUUUGACUACCAAUAUUUGCAAGUUUUAAAAGCCACCAACCUUGUUUUGGGGGAAUUAGUGAGGGUGGUUAUUGCAUGUAGGUCAAUGAAGAAAAUGGAAAACAUUUUUGGUGCUAAUAAUAUUCACUGCCUUUUACCAGUAAUUUGUACUGCAUCCUAAACUGUAUACAUAUUUUAGUACAGUGAGGCUUUUUGAACCUACAGGUAAAUUAUAUGAUAGUUUAACUAAAAUGUAAACAUAUUCCAUGAGACAGAGGGUCAAUGACAGGUCUAGAUUUUUCUGUUCUUUUACUGGUUCUAAUAACAAGAAGCCAGAAAACAUUUUUGUCGUCUUUUAAACUCAAAUCACAUGGUUUUGAAAAGUGAAUACUUGAAAAGUCAUUAAGGCACACAUGUAGCAGGAAAGUCAAUAUUGCAACUCUGCCAGGGAUCAAUGACUCAAGCUGAUACCUGUCAUGCAGAGACGUGGAAUAUAGAGAACUCCUAAAACCUUUGGCAAAAGCAUUUUCUGUGUGUGGUAUUUGACACAUUGUUAAAACUAAUCUGCUUUACACUCAGGGUGUCUAGAUACAUUUUGGAAAUAUCUAAUGGAUCUAUCCAGUUUUUGUUAAAUGCCCAUGGACAGAUUAAGUUGCUUUUAUGAGAAUUUGUACUGUCAGCUCCCCUCAGUAUACAGUGGUACCUUGGGUUAAGAACUUAAUUUGUUCUGGAGGUCCGUUCUUAACCUGAAACUGUUCUUAACCUGAGGUACCACUUUAGCUAAUGGGGCCUCCUGUCGCCGCGCGAUUUCUGUUCUCAUCCUGAAGCAAAGUUCUUAAUGCGAGGUACUAUUUCUGGGUUAGCGGUUAGCUGUAACCUGAAGCGUCUGUAACCCGUGGUACCACUGUAUGGCCCUUUCAAUUUGUCUCUUAGCUUAGAGAAGUUCUGUAUGAAUGCUCCAGUAUGUUAGGUAAGUUCUUAAAGUCCCCACUGUGUUACAGUGAAGGCUUUUUGUGUUUGCAGCUGCAAACAGAUUAAUCUCUCUCUCCAAUUGCAGCGAGUCAGUUCUGAGGGUUAAACAAGGCUAUGUUGAUGCAAGCUUGAUUAUUGCAGUCUUCAGUUGGAUAAUGUCAUCUAUGCUCACAAUAACAUAUUGUCAGCAUAUCGACACAAACAUAUUCAUCUUUAUUUUAAAAUAAGUGGCCUCAUCAAAAUAAAAUGAGGCUCCUGGGUGUUGUGGAGAAAUGCCAAUUGUAUGAACUGAUAUCUCCACAUUGAGUAUAUAAUAUAUACAUGGUCCUGAGGAAGGGCUGCUAUGCUAGCCAAAUAAUGGUGACUACAUGCUGUAGUGUUAAUUCAUAUAGCUGGUACAUAGCAUGAAAUUAAUCCAAAGGAUUUGUUUUCCCGGGUGUGAUUAUUUCUGGCUGGCUGAAAUACCUCCUAAUUCUUAAUGUUAACAAUACUUAUUUCUAAGACUUUUAAAAACUUUUAAAAAAUAAUUUUAAAGACCAUCAACUUCCCAAGCUGAAAUAUUACAGAAUAUACUGUAUAAAACUAAAACAAGCAUUUUCUUGUUUAACAAUGUAUGUAAGAUUUUUUAAAUUAUAUAGCGAAGGAAAACAAAAUUCCAAGUUCUCAGCUAGCAGAGGAUUAUAAAAACAUGUUUGUAACUGAUAUAAUUUCCAUACAUGCAUUUUCCUUGAGUAAUUUUAUUGUUCUGAAACAUUGCGAAAUUUACUGAGACCUGAAUAAAAUGGCAUCAUCAUGUUCCAAAGUGCACAUAAAGAAUGAGGCUUAACAGAUAUAUAUAUACUAAUGCACUAUGCUUAGAAUGCAAAAGUGGUGAAUUUAUAAAGUAGUUGUCUGAUAUUAGAAACUUCAAUGUUGUUUUAAAAAACUGAAAUAAGAAUUAUGGGCCAUAUUCAACUUAAUAGUGCAAAAUUAGCACUAGAGCAACAGGAUUCCCUGCUCCAUCCCUCCAUAGGUGCUCUGUGCCAUCUGCAGAUCUGCUCACAACAGGUUAUGUCAGGGGAGGAGAUUUGCUUAAUGCUACCUUGAAUUCAACCCUUUAUUUUUAGUUUGACCAAAUUUUCAUAGCUUUUACUGUACAGUAACAAAAAAAGAUACAACCUUAAUUUUCAAAUUUGUUUUCUCUAGGGUGGGCAGGAUAUCCUCUCCAUGAUGGGACAGUUGAUGAAGCCUAAGAAAACUGAAAUCACAGGUACAAUAGUUGUCUCACUUUCAGCCUGACCCCUAUGCUUAUAUGGAAGUGAGUCCCACUGAACAUGGUGAGACUUGGGUGUAUAGUAUUGCAUCCUUAAGCUUUCAGCAAGGCAGAAGGAAGGAUAGUUGGAAUAUACAGGAAGCGUGAUGUGCAUUACACAGUGCUGCUAAAGUUGAAUGGGUUUCGGAAUAUUGUGUUCCAGCAGUUCAAUGACUACUCAUGUGUAACACUUGAGAAGUGCUACAUAGGGCGUCUGGUUGAGUAUUGAUCAGAAUCUGGUGGUGUUGCUUCCUUUCCUCAAAUGGGGCACCAGCAGAACAGGCAUCAAUGCAUCAGCUGUUACUCCACUCUUACACUCUUUAAACAAGCUUUAUUCAUAGUAUGUUUUACAUUUAUUGACCUACAAUUUUGUAUAGUUGAGCAGUGUAGCAUGUGCCCUACAUUCAGCAUCCAGCAUUUUGAAAACAUUAUCAAAUCCUGAAAAUAUCAGUCAUUAGUCAUUUACUCAAGUUAUACAGCCUUUCUUGAUGUUUUCCACAAACUGCAAGGAUGAGAAUUCACCUUACUGAAUGUAUGCAUGGAUGGAUAGCACAAAAAAGUAGAAUCCUGGAGUUUUGGCAGAUAACAAAUAAUGGGCGUGCAAAAGAUCUGAGAUUGAAUCCCCAGCAUCUCCAGCUGGAACUGGAAAACCCCUUUCUGAAGCCAUGGAGAGUCAUUGCAAGACAGUUUAUUGUUUACAUUGUAGACUGAGCUAGAUGAACAAAGUUGUCUGACUCGCUAAAUUUAGAAUAAGGGCUUGUACUGUAUUUACCAAUUUUCAUUUAUUUGUUUUUUUUAAAAAAACCUGGUGCAAUCUUGCGACAAAACAGCAAUAUUUACAAAUAUUGAAUGUGAAAAAGCCAUUAGUCAAAAAGCCAUUUUGGUUUCCAUCCAAAAUAAGCAGUUGAGUAAUGAUUGACUUGAAUCCAUAAUUAUGCAAAACCAUUGUCUCAGCCUCAUCCAUUUUAAAGGAGUUUAAUUUAAUUUAAAUUUCCUUAUGCAUAAGAUUUUUGUGUGUGCAUCAGUUCAGAAAAGGAUACUAAUAAGUUGGUGAAAAAGGGGCCGCUCUUUUAUUGUAAGUUGUCUUGGAGCUUUCAUUAUAAAUAAAUCAGGUUGUUAACCUUUAUCUUUCCCUUAGACAAGCUUCGAGGAGAGAUCAACAAGGUGGUGAAUAAAUACAUUGAUCAAGGCAUUGCUGAGUUAGUCCCCGGAGUUCUCUUUGUGGACGAGGUUCACAUGCUGGAUAUUGAGUGCUUCACAUAUUUGCACCGAGCGCUGGAAUCUUCUAUUGCUCCGAUUGUCAUCUUUGCUUCCAACCGGGGGAACUGUGUAAUCAGGUACAGUGCUUAAAGCUUAGUCCUGCAUGGUUCUCUUCUUCCCAUAAGCCUCAGUGUUAGCUGCUUCAGCACAAAGAGCUAUGAUCUUUGGGAGCAUUUUAUCCGUGGUGCUGAUACACCUGUGAUAAUCAUCUUGAUGGGUCACAACCAUAUCUGUUGCUGCAGGGCUGCUUAAGGGCUUCACUGCAGGAAAAACCUUCACACUGCGAUGACCAAGAAUUAGUAAGUUUCUUUAGAGUCAGGUUUUUCAGGAUCUUAAUUUUUUUUUCUCCCCCUGUGCUCAUCCCUAGAUCUGUUCCUUUACAGUUGCUUUGCUUGUCUUCCCCAUGAUGUUUCAAAUACCGCUUCUUCAUAUCUUUUUUUUUCCUUAGCACUGUAGCUAUCCGCCUAUACUGCUUCAUCUGUUGGCAGUCUUUGCACUUGCUCAUCUUUCAUCCCAUACAGUCAGAUUUCUUUUUAUAAUGGCACCAUCACCCUCAGAGGUGAUCUGUCUUCUUUUAAUAAUUUGGACUAGGUUUUGUAUCUCCAAACGGCUUUGAGCUGCGCUGCUUUGCUGUGAACAAGUUUACAUAUUGCACUUGAAUAAAAAGAAUUAUGCAACGUCAGUUCCUUAAUAAAAAGAAAUAAAUGUCUUGUUUAAAUAUUCCCUUUCUUUUUCUUUUUGUAGCAUGUUCAUUAGAUUUCGGGUGGGCAAUGGCUUUUGUUUAUUGAUUUUUGCUCCAGCACUUAAAAAAGCAUUUGGUGCUUUAGAAAUAAUAAUAGCAAUGCCACUACCUGCUUUCCCUUUUUAUAGUUUAGCUGGAUCCCAUCUUGUAUACUGUUAACAGCUAAAUGCCAGACUGGUGGCUUUCAGGUAUUACUGCUAUUUCUGCCUUUACUACAAGACUACUUGUACUCAUCAAAGAUUCAUCCCUAUUCAUUACUGUUGUCUACUUCUUGUGUCACUUCGUAGUCGGCUUACAGCAUUUUUUCCUGAAACUUGGUUUAUUUCACUUAUUAAAUACAUAUCAUAUCUCACCGUUUCUUAGGCAGCUAACAAAAUCCACAUUGUGUAAAACAGUGACAAUGGAAUAAAUUGUUUUCUGUCUUGGUAUAAAUUGAAAAAAUAAUUAAAAUGACGAUUUCCCUGGCAUUGAGGGUUGCUACCUUCUCUUUCCUCUACUGCUAGCAAUUUGCCACAGAAAACAUGUCAAAUGGUGGGACUUGCCCCUUCUGGCACUCGAUUGGGAUGGGAAAUGCAUCUCUCACACUUGCAUAUACAUAUAGGACAGAAAAUACCUCUGAGAGACCAAUGUUUAGAAAAGGUAUUUCAAAGCAGCAUUAGUCCACGUGUCUGUAAAGCCUUCCACUAUUGCAUGAUUCACACACACCGAUAUUUGCUGAAGAGGGAGGCCCUGCCAGUGUAUAAGGGACCUCUAAGAAUUAAGUGCGGGCUUUUUCUUGAAUGUCCACAUUCUUUGCUGCCCACCAACAUUUUAUACAAGCUUGAGCACCUGCUCUGCAACCUGUGUGCAGAAGACAUUGGCUUAGAUCCGAAAGUGUCUUGUGUAAGUGGAAAGAUUUCUUCCACAAGGCAAAUUCUACCAAUUUUCUUGUCCCACUGUAGUGUGCCCCACCCCCACCCCCAGUUUCCCAUCCUAUUCCCUUAAUUGAGCAACUAUUGGGGGCGAGGGGAGGGCGCAGGAAAGCAAGUGAAUUUAUGAAUAUGUACUGUUUAUUUUCUGUUUUAAACCACUUAGCCAACCACUUUUAAGACGCUUGGGGAAGGGAUUUAAUAUCCACAAAUCAGAAUAUUAGGCAGUACAUUUGGACAAAAGGGUUGAGGAUGGUAUAGAAAAGAACAUGCCCAGAUCCAUUCUCUUAUCUUAGUGGAGAAGAGACCCAGUCCACUUUUUUUUCUCUUGCCUUACUUGCACUUUAUACUCUGCAUGCUAUAGAUUUUUAAUAAACUUAAAUUACUGUGAAGUAGUGUUGUCUCCAGAUACUUGGAAUUAAGGCCUACCACACCAUAAACACCUCCAGUCAUCUUGUCAAUAUGUUUCUCCUUAGGCCAGGUAACAGUAGAAGAGUUUUUAAAAGUGAACCUCUCAAAGUUAAAGAACAGUCUGCUUCUGGUAAUUGUUGGGUGAUUUCUCCUCAUCAGCUCACAGUGUUAUCGGUAGACUCUUAGCCUGUCUUCCUCCUUACAAUUUGUAUCACACCCAAUCUUUCCUCGGCUUUUGCAAAAGAUACUUUGGCCCCGUGCAGUGAAAGCACCUUCUUGUAGACAGAAGUUUCCUAUGAACCAGGACUAAAAUUGUAUCAGUGGUCUUUCAUGUUGUGUUGAAAGAAUUUUGAGUUCAUGAUUCUAUUAUUAGAAAUGGAAGCCGCUAUUAUGUAGGGGGGGGGUAGAUUAACAUUCUAGUCCUAUGCUCUGCUCCUCCCUCCCCUCUGCUCCUCAUAUACCACAACUGAGUAGGAUCAUGAUUUUCUAGUAAUCGCCUGAAUAAGAAAUAUUUUUAGAUGAAACUGGAGUGCCCUCUAAUGGAGAACAGAAGAUAUUGUUGUUAUUAUUAUUGGUUAUUUAUUGAAUUUAUAUACCGCCCUACACCUGGAGGUCUCAGGGCGGUUCACAGAACAAAAUCAAAAUAUAAAACCACAAAAUAUAUAAUCAAAAUAAAAACAGCAACCCAAUAACCUCCCCCCCCAAAAAAAAAAUUUUUAAAGGGCAAAGUCAUUUUCUUGUUUUACAUAGGUACAAUAUAUUGGUGGGAGUGGAAGGCAGGACUGUUCAUCAGUCAAAUACUUCACAGCAUUUGCACUAAGAGUGCAAAUUAAGGUACCUUGUGAUGACAAAGAGUUUCAUCAAGCUUAUUCUUGAAUCCAGAUUUUCUAUUGCCUAGCUCAUUUACGUAGAAUACAAGCCACUCUUCAGGAGAGGUAUGUCAAAGUCUGCCUCUUAGGACAGUGCAACGUAAGCCAUCACCAACCAAUGUAAUUUCUUAGUGUGUUGCUUUGAAUGUUAGAAGAAAAGCUUCCCACCAGCAACCCUAUUAAGGUGAUAAUUAAAUAUAAACCUGAACUUUUCUUUAUAUCCUUGCAGAGGUACAGAAGAUAUAAUCUCUCCUCAUGGGAUACCUCUGGAUCUUCUGGAUAGGGUGAUGAUAAUUAGAACCAUGUUAUAUACGCCACAAGAAAUGAAGCAGGUAACUCUCUUUCCUAUGUAAUAUCUUCCGGGGCAGGCAGCAAAGGUCCCUCUCUAGAACCUCAGCCAGUGGUGCGGAGUGGGAAACAGUACUGGCUUCUUACCUAUAACAUGACUGGUUUGCAGGAUUUGUUUUUUAGAAAGUUUUUGGGUCCUAUAAUUUUUUUAAACAAUAUUUAUAUGCUGGCUGAUAAGUUCUAAGUUCUCUGAGUGGCUUACAAUAAUGUGAAAAAUAUUUAAUAUAGUAAUAUACAUGGCCCUUUCCAGAAGGAAAAUUUCAUCCAAGUAGGAAUUCAUCCUGCAGGUUUCUGGCUUUGAAACUAUGAAGGCUAUGGUUUCCUCUUUAAGAUAUUAUUAUUAUUAUUAUUAUUAUUAUUAUUAAAGAUAUUAUUAUUAUAUUUAUUUAUUUAUUUAUUUAUUUAUUUUUAUUUUUAAAUGUCUGCUGCGUUCUUUUCUAUUCAGACAUCACCAGAAAUGGUUCGCAACAAAAGUAAAAACCUGCAACUUCUGAUAAAAUCAGAACAGCUCUCCAAUAAUGGGUAAAUAAACAGCCCACAAAAAGAUCUGUUUAAAAACAACCCAUAAGUCAACAGGAAAAGUGCUUUAAAAAUGCCAAUAAGUAUGAAGACUGUUCCAGUCUCCAUAUUUAUCGCCAUGUGAACUGAUCUUUUAAUUCAUCAUAGAAAUGUGAUGGGAACAGAUCUUCAUUACACUUCGCUUGAAAGGGCGGUCCCGCUUACAUUUUUUGUAUUUCUUAAUUCCAGAUCUUAAUUUUUUUUCAAUAUUUGCUCAGUUUGAAAUGAAACCACUCCAUGUUAGUAUUUGAAGUAUGCGGAUUUGUAAACUCCUGGGGUUCGUAUUCCAUCAGUGAUUUGCUUACUGUAUUCUUGGAUCCAUUUUAUAGUUGAUCUAGACGAGAUUUUUUCAGUGAUUGGCUAGAGCAACAGUCCAGUAAGCAGCAGGACUCAUCUUGGUGCAAGGAGCAUUGAUUAUAAUCCUUGGGUGCCAUUAUGAGGCAUCUUGUCAAAGAUCCCCCCUCAUUAGUGUCUCAGUGCUGUGGGCUGACACCAUACAGGAGCCAUUACGGUUUAUCAUGUCAAUUCUUUGUAUUAUUUAGGAGAUAGUGUCAAUGGCGGAAAGCAUUGUCACCAGAUAAUAGUCUCUGCUGCUGGAUAAGUGCCAAGGUGAAGCAGAGGCAUUUAUUGAAUAUAAACGUACCAGCAAAGGCUCAUUUCCUUUGGCAUGAGGAAGCUUUUGUGUGGUGCCUUCUUUCAAAAUAUGCCGUGGUAUUGAUACUUGGGAUGUUUUUGUGUACCUGACAGGAUAGCUGUAGCACCUUGAUAUAGAUUACAGCAAAGGUGGCUAGAGGAUACAGCUGUACAAUGAGGUUUUCAUUUCAAUAUUAGCAUAAUACUAUGUAUUAUAAUAUUAACGUUGGACAAAGUAAUUGAGAGUGGCCAACUGCAGCUGUGCCUGGGUGAAAGGGAUUAUCUAGACCAAUUUCUGCCUGGUUUCAGACCUGGGUAUGGCACUGAAACAGCCUUGGUCCAUCCUAGUUAUUGACCUUUAUCAUAGAGUGCUACCCUGUUGAUUCUGCUCAAUCAACCCCUUGGUAGUGUUUGAUACUGAACAUUAGGAAUAACUUUCUGAAAGUAAGAGCUGUUCAACUGUGGAACAGACUCCCACAAGAGAUGGUGGACUCUCCUUCGUUGGAGGUUUUUAAGCAGAGAUUGGAUGGCUGUCUUUUGGGGUUUCUUUAGUUGUGAUUCCUGUAUUGCAGGGGGUUGGACUAGAUGACCCUUGGUUCCUUAUCCGCUUUUAAUUAAUUAUACGCUGCAGUUUGCCCCUCUUUUGCAUCUUAUUUGGACAGGGUUUAGAUUUGCUUAGUGAUGUGUUUUAACAGAAGAGUUAAACAUUUCCCUUCUGCAAUUGUGUAAAGAUUUCUGGGCCCAAUUCAAAGUGCUGGUUUUGACCUAUAAUGCCUUAAAUGGCUCAGGACUGCAAUACCUCAAGGACUGCCUCUUUCCAUAUGAACCAUCCUGGACCCAGAGAUCAUCUUCUCAGGCCCUUCUUCAUGUGCCUCCUCCUUGAGAGGUCUGGAGGAUGGCAACAUGAGAAUGGCCCUUCUCUGUAGUGGCUUCCUGUCUGUGGAAUGCUCUCCCCAGGGAAGUUCACCUGGCGCUUUCUUUAUACACCUUUAGGCACAAGGCAAAAACCGUUCCUUUUUAACCAGGCAUUUGGUUGAUUUGAUUGACAUCCUAUGACCUUCUGAAAUGUGGGUUUUAUUGGGGGGGUUAUUGGGUUGUCGUUUUUAUUUUGAUUAUCUAUUUUCUGUUUUUUUAUAUUUUGAUUUUAUUCUAUGAACCACCCUGAGACCUCUGGGUAUAGGGCGGUAUAUAAAUUCAAUAAAUAAAAUAAAAUAAGCAUUGUCCGCAGCGGAUGAGGAAAGGCAGGGCACAGAAUAGGAUUCUUUCUUUCUCCCUUGAGCUUCCCCUCUUCCUCAGGUGCUUCCUCACCUGACCCUGCUAAAGAGUUCUGUUCCCCCCCAGUUUUAAAUGACCCCAUGGAGAGGGGGAAAUGGGGCUUGGGGUUUUCCAAGAGCAGUUACACCUCUUCUCCCUGCACACAGCCUGCAAGUGGGGCUUUCCACCCUUAUAGUUCACAGCAGCAGUGGGUAACCUGUGUGCCUUCAGAUGUUAUUAUACUCUCAACUCCCAUCAGCCCUGACCUUUGGCUGGAGUCCCACCUCGUUUGGAGAACCAAAGGUUGCCCUCCCCUGGUUUCAAGGAUCCUUUGGCAUGCCUCUCUGUGACCAGCUCUUUGCAGCUGAGAUGGGGAAUGACCAGUUCCAAGUACCAUUUCUAUGCAUUCCUCUAGGUGCUUACCAGUUGAAAAAUGCCUCCUUGUCCCUGUCCCCACCAAAGUAAGAUUUGCAUGCAUACCACCAGAAGACUGUGUGCAUACUGUAGGGACCACCUGCAUUCCAGACAUUUCUCCUAUUUUGACAUAGAUGUACCUGCACAAAGAACACUACCUUGCAAGUAGGGAAUGUGAUAUGGUGUGACUCAAUAAUCCAAAUAGGUAUUUGAUUCUUGCAUGUAGCCUUAGAGUGCUUUACAUAUUCUGGGUUGACUAUGGCACCCCAUAAACUGGCUACAGAGAUGAUUUACUGGAUUGUGUAUUCUUUAUCUGUUUUUCCAAAGAAGAAAGUAUUACACAGGCCUUUAAAAAUUAUAUUCAGGUUUAGUCUUUAUCUCAGUUGCAGUGGUUUAAGGGUUGGGAGCCAAAGAGAGAUUUUAGUUCAGGUUCAUUCAAGGGCCUGUGCACAUUCAGAGGACUUCUGAUUUAUCCUGACCCAGUACCUAAUCAUCAGCCAUUUUUACGACUUGACAUGAUAUAUUGUGGGUUGCUGAUCAAGGAACACAACUUGAAAGCCAACUUGGGCACACAGUUCUUCGGAUCACAGCCAAGUUGAAUAUCAGCUAGAAACUCCAUGUUGGUGGGGGGAUUUGUCUGAUGUACUUAUAUUCAAAUUUGAUGACUGAGACCAUUUAUAGGAGCACUGUUUUUCUUUUUCUUUUUCUUUAUUGAUUUAUUGAUAUCUCAAUACAUAUACAAAAUGUUUACAUAAUAUUACAUAUACAUUAUACUUGUAAAUUCACAUUUUUCUGUAGGAGCACUGUUAAUCGUCUCCUUGUGUUUCAGAAGCCUGACUAGCUUCAGCUGGAAGUCAGGCAUUUAGUGUUGCCAGUCCCUGCUGUGGAAUACAUUUCUAGCAGGUGGAAGACUUUUAUUUAUGUCACUGUUCAGUAUGAUUUAAAGUAUUUAAGAUUAACGAGUCAUUUUAUGAUUAUUCUGUAUUGUUUUUAUGGGUGGUUUUUUUUUGUAAAUUUUGUUGAACACCAUCUGGUAGUUUUGUAUGAAGUGCAGUCUAAAUAUUUUAAUAAACAAAAUGAAGUAUUAGCCUUAAUAUUUUGGUCAAAUUUGAACACUCCCAAGAGCAACUUCAAAUUCUAAUGUUCCUUAAACUAGCUGCCUAGUACGUGAAGCCCCAAUUCUGUGCUCAUCCCCCUUCCCCCUCUUCCGCACUCUGAUUCCCUUGGUGCAUUUUUAUGGCUUUAAUUUAAACGAGUGCUUCUUGAUAUCUUGUUUACAAAGCUGCCAAAGUGAAAAAUACCUGUAUUAUAUGAGACUCGCAGUUCCAGAGUUAUCUCAACACUACAACACAACAUCAUUAUCCAGUCUGCCCCUUAUCACUCAGCUGGUAAUACGGACUGCAGGGAGCCUGGUGCCACUUUUGUUACAGCUCUAUGUGCUCAGGCUUAUUGGUGAUAUCUUCUUCUUCAACUUUACAAAGAUCUUCAAACUGGUACAAGCUGGAGACUGUUCUUGAUAGAUUAGAUUUAUCUGAGAGGUUUUGUGGGAGUAGGUGAACCUUGCAGAAAAACUUACUUAUUUAUUUAUUUUACCAUCUUAUUUGUCAAGGGGCUAAAAUGUCUGGCAUGCAUUUGAGCAACUAAAGGACAGUUGAGACUUUCCAAGCAAAUUGUUCUGAAGAUUUAUUCCAGGUGGGGUACUGAUGAUCUGUGAUUCUAUAGGUCACUGUAUGUAUAUUCCAUAUCAUUCUCAUAGUUUAGGAGUUACAAAGGUUCUUGAGGAAUGCCCCAAAAUAUUAUUCCAUUUGCAACCCGAAAGGAUCCCUGACUGUGUCGCAGUUCUAAAUUGGAUGCAGUGAAAGCAGAUGUUAAAAUAAACCAGCCCGUGUUUAAACUAUGUUUUAAUACUGUAUAUGGUUUGCAUGUGAUGCUAAGGUGUGUACACAGUUUUAAGAAAUGCAUUUUUUAAAGUCCAAACUGUGUUAUAUAUAUUUUUCUGCUUUAGAUCAUAAAGCUUCGUGCCCAGACAGAGAGUAUUAAUAUUAGUGAGGAGGCAUUGAAUCAUCUUGGAGAAAUAGGCACCAAAACAACAUUAAGGUAAGCAUGUUGACUAUAAAUGUCAGAUAAUGACUGGUUUUGGAAAUGGUAUGAAGAUGGGCAGAAACAGGUAGCUAGGGGGUAACCAGCAGGCCAUUGUGGAUUUCUGGUGAAAUACUAAUUUGCUUGAAUGACGAAGUUCCAUCAGUAUUGCAUAAUCCACUUUUAUUCAUGACAUUCAAUUUCAUUCAAAGGUGGUUCCUCUUUAUUAUUAACCUAAGAAAUACUUGCAUAUACAUAACUUACAGACAAGCUAAAUUAUAGUAGUGAAAAUCCUUUGCAGAAAUUAAUAGUUGUAUGAUAAUGAUUGGUCAUUUUAAUGGACUGCAUAUUACUAUUAAACUGUUUGACUGCUCCUUGCCAUUUUUGCAGGUUGAUACAUUCAGUAAUUUUGGACAUGGGAGCCCAAUGUCUUUUGCAGCCACCCAUUGAUGGCUGGCAAAAUUGAUUCUACCCACUUUCAAGGCUAGUGACAUUUUUGCAAGAGUUAGUAAGUUCCAGACCACAUGAAAAUAGCCAUUGCAAUAGAGUUCUGUAACAAUCCUAGCAGGAUAUAUAAUAAAAUAGAUUCAUGUGCAAAGUGUGGCCAGCAGAUUCUUUUUACAACUUCCUUGCAAGGCAAUGAGGCGUCCUGAAAAUAGAUUCUAGUACUAUUGCGAAUGUCACUGGGGGAGGGGACCAGGGUCUAAAGAACUGCAUUCAUUUCCAUGCAACUCGAGGAAUUAUGAAGUUGUGUUUCUCAAACCACAGCCUCAUUUCCACAUCACAAAUAGCUUUUGAAAUUCUUCAUGUUUUUUCAUCUGGUAUGGGAGGUGGCAUCACUGCUCAAAGUGGGAAGAGUCAAGUUGGUGGGUGUGCUUUAAGUGCCUCUUCGGCUCUUGGCUUAAAUGUUUAAUUUCCCCAGCUAUAAGGUGCAUUGGACAUUUCUGGAAGCUAGGUUCAUUUAUUCACCCUGUGGAAUAUUUCUGUAAGUGUCUCUUCUGAGGAGUUUUCUCUGUUCUACUUUGUAGCUGGCAUGUUAAUUUGACACAUGCUCUUAUUAUUUGGCCAUAGGUAUGCUGUGCAGUUACUCACCCCAGCCAAUCUGCUAGCCAAGAUAAAUGGGAAAGACAGCAUAGAAAAGGAACAAGUUGAAGAAAUAAAUGAACUCUUCUAUGAUGCCAAAUCCUCGGCAAAAAUACUGGCGGAUCAACAGGAGAAAUACAUGAAGUGAAGAAGUUUGUUAGCCUUUCUAGUCCUCAGAGCCUCUUUUAACAUUCUCCAGGUUUUAACUUUCACUGGAACUGAAAAGUUCUUAAAUAUCACAAUACUGUUUUGUAGCAAGAAGAAGCAUUUCCUUUGUUCUUAGUUCACCGAGAGGGAAUGAAAUCAUCUCGAUGUCUGUGGUGUCUUCUUGUUUCAUAUAUUGAGUGCCUAUAUGAAAUGGAUGCAGGCUGUCAUACCCUUAUAUUCCUCUUCUAGAUUUGAUUGCUAAGUUGCUUAGAAAAGACAAUUUAUUUUCAUUGUUGGUUUUGUUUAAAAAUAAAUGUGAACUUGUUUUUAAAAUGUUUUAAGUUUGACAGACUAAUGGUGUUUUGGAGUGUCCCUCAAACCUUGUCAACAGAGGAUGGAUAACCCAGUAAAAGUGAUGCUGUUCUCAGGAAUGAAAACUUGAAGGUGCAUUCACUUGGAUUCUAGGCUUUUGCUUGGUUUUGGAGAGGUGGGCCAAAUUUUCCAAGUUAAAUUGCUGAAUAACCAAACUUGGAUGUAGCACAGUUUGUCACUCUCCCAGGCGACAAACUGUACAUGUACCUGCCCGUGUAAGAGGAAAUACACCUGCAUGUAUAGUCUUAAAUAUCUGUGCUGUAUUAAUUACAGGAAUAUGGCAGACGCAUGGGUGACUGUUUCCAGGACAGACAGUUCAAGUACGGUAGCACCAGGGGAGAGGAAGCAUGGAAGAGCAGGGCAAGUGGAGGUGUGAUGGGGUAGAUUGCCUCCUGGACAGCUAUUUAAAAGACUGAUCUUGUCUAGAAAGAGUAAACACUCUGGUGUCCAGUCUUGCAACAAGCACUGAGUAUGUCUGUCUGGAAUUAGAGUUGGUGGGGAACAAAUAGGCCUUUAAUUCUAACCCCUGCUCCUUCUCAGUGUGACUUGAGUAGAGACCAGCAGCAUCACAGAAUGAUGCUUACAGAGCGCAGAUAGCGUGAGGGGCCUUGCACUAGUGGGCCAUGUUUAGUCGCUGCAACCCAAAAUUCCUUUAGAGAUCUAAUACCGCUCCAUGAAGUUUAUACAAUGUGUUUCAUAGUACCAACUUUUCACUCAAAUUGUUGUUUUCUAACAUGAUUGCAAGCAACAGUUUGCAAAACACAUUUACGCCCAAGCCCACGUUGGAUUAUAGCCAAUAACUUCAAAAACCUUGGCACUGAUGGAAACAGAAGAAUUCUUACACACACUACACUUUCUUCUCCAUAGUUGUUGCUUUGUGUGUCUUUCACUAGGCUAACCUUCACAACAAUAAUGAUUGGUAUGAUGUAUGCAAACCCAAAUUAAAACUGAACUUCCAGUUUACUAUUUUGAAUGUAACAAAAUUGUGAAGUUUAUGACACACACAGUUCAUUCUAAACAAAAGAAUGGAAGCCUCUGUGAAGUGUGUGCUGCUGCUGAAUGUACCAAACCUAGGUCUGUGUAGACUUUUCUGAUGCAACUAGCAGUGCUUCUAAUCAGGCUUUGCCAGCUAAGCCCUUUGAGAACCUAAUGCAUUCUUUAUAGCAAAAAUAUAACAACCAGUAUCCAAUGGUGAGUGUUCCCAGAUGGAACAAAGUGGGAGGCUAUUUUUGGCAAUCUCUCCUUCCCUUUGCAGCACUCCAUGCCCCCUAUAAAACUUCAGCAAAAGGUUGAGGGACUCUCCAGAGCAGAUAUAAGAGGGAGUAUAGGAUUUUGAUGGCAAUAGCUAAAAAUUGCCUCAUUCUGCUGAUGGAUUUCCUACAGGCAGAGGACAAUCACCAUUGGCUAUCCCUCUUUCAUUUGUCAUACAGCUCUAAUGGUUUCUUAUGAUCAAGUCAUCUGCCCCUGAUCCUUCCUCAUGCAGCUAAAGCUAAAUGGCAGCAGAUCAAAUUUGUAAUGAAUGAUAGUGAAAAUAAACUGCAGUAAAAAAAAUCCUCGCC